UUCUCUUCAUUCCUCUCGCUUCCGAAAAGAACAUCCUUUCGCCCCUGAAACCCUAGAUCUCUUUUCCGAUCGAAAACCCUGAGAAAAGUUUGGGGUUUUCUCUGUUUUUCUCACGAUUUAGCUCGUGAUCUUCUCAUCUGAGUAGGAAAAAUCGUUUAUUGUGGGAUUUUUCUGGUUGAUUUGAUGUAGGAAUUGGUACAAAGGUGAGAAAUUUGUGGACUUUUGAUUUGGUUUUUUGGGGUUUGAGAGUAGAUGGUUAGCGAGGGAUCGGUGAGGAUGGCGCCGGCGCCGGCGGUGAACGGAGGGUUUGAGGACUUCGAGAGGGAUCUUGAAGCGGUGCUGCGUGAACAGCAGCACCAGAGCCGGGCGGCGCUUGAUCGGGAGCGUGAGCGGGAGCUUAACCUUUACCGUAGUGGGAGCGCGCCGCCAACUGUUGAGGGUUCGAGGAGGGCCGUCGGGAACUUGUUUGGUGCCCCAGGCGGCCAACCGGAGUCUCUGUUCGUUGAUAACCAUGAUGCCGGCGAGAUGCUCUCUGAGGACGAGAUGAGGUCGCACCCUGCUUACUUGUCAUACUAUUAUUCCAAUGAGAAUUUGAAUCCGAGGUUGCCACCGCCGAUGGUGUCAAAGGAGGACUGGAGGGUGGCGCAGAGGUUUCAUGGAUUUGGAGGGAUUGGUGAUCGGAGGAAAAAAGAGUCUUGGGAGGGUGAUGGGAGUAGUAGCUCACUGUUUUCUUUGCAGCCAGGGGUGUUACCACCGCAGCAGCAGUCCUCGCAAUGGUCCGGUCAUGGUGCCAAUGCACUUAUGGGAUUGCCGGACGUCGGCCUUGGCGCUCGGAGGAAAAGCUUUGCUGAUGUUGUUCAGGAAGAACUUAAUCUUUCUACAUCCAUGCCUAUGCACCACUCACGCCCGGUUAGUCGCAAUGCUUUUGAUAAUGUUGUCGACCGUGUAGCGGCAUCUGACUCUCAACACUCUCUGCUCCAUAAGGAAUCACAAAAUAUUGAAGGCCUGCAUGCUGGAGCAGCUAGUCCCAACCUUGUUAGGGUCAAGAGCCUUGGCUCUGGAAUUUCUCAUUCCUUUGCUUCUGCGGUGAGAUCUCCUAUUAGAAGUACUACUCCUGAACUUCCUCCCAUUGGAAGAUCUCCAAGUCCUUGCCUUCCCUCCAUAGGAGGCAGGUUGAGUGAUGUUGAGAAAAAGACUCUUUCAGGGACAAACGGCCUUGGCGGUGUUUCUGCACAUGUGCUCAAUGAUGGUGAUAUGGUGGCUGCUUUAUCUGGCCUGAGUUUAUCAAAAAAAUUAGUAUCAGAGAGAGGAGGAAAUCUUGUGCAAGGUCAGCUUCAUCAUGAAUUUUCUGAUCAACCUGAAUUUCUACUGAACAGGCCCACUGAUCAUAAGCAUUAUCUGCGACAAAAAAUCAUUGAGAAGUCUGAAGACAAGCCUUUAAAUAUCUCAACUGAUUUGUUCACUGGUUAUACUGACUUUUCCAAGAAAAAUGGUGCCUUGACUGACCUUGAAUUAUCAAAAUUAACUUCAAAUGAGCAGAUCAACUUGCAAAAACCGUCACCUUCCAGUAACCUUUAUAGAACAGUGGCGCCUCUUGGCACAAACACUACGCCAGGUUCUAGCCACUUUCAAGCUGUGGAUAUACAACAAAACCAAGCUGCUGCUGAUGAGCAAUUUUUGAAUAGAGCUGGCGAUCAAAUGGGAUCUGGUUUUCAAGUUCCGAUUGCUGAUCCACUAUAUGCGCAAUAUGUGCAAGGAGCAUCUGAUUCUAUUGCACAGGCUUCUGCAAGGCUUGAUCCUUCAUUUGGAAGAAAUUCUUUAGGAACUUCCCCUGUGGAUUUGGCUGGUUAUCAGAAAGCAUAUCUUGAAACAUUGCUUGCGCAGCAAAGACUACAGUAUGGCAUGCCCUUCUUUAGCAAAUCAGGUGGUUUAAAUCAUGGACUCUAUGGCAACAAUGUGUUUGAUGCUGGCAUCCCAUAUCAAGGAAGUCCAUUAUCUACCUCUGUUCUUUCAUCUUUGGGUAUUGGGAGUCCUUUAAGGCACAGUGAUCGACUAUCACGUUUCCCUUCCAUGACUAGAACUGCUGCAGGACCUCUAGGAUCUUGGACCUUAGAUAAUGGCACACUGGAAGAUGGCUUUGCUUCAUCAUUGUUGGAUGAAUUUAAGACUAACAAAACAAGAGCUUUUGAUCUAUCAGAUAUUGUGGACCAUGUUGUGAAAUUCAGUAUGGAUCAAUACGGAAGCCGAUUCAUUCAACAAAAAUUAGAAACUGCCUCCACAGAAGAGAAAAAUAAGAUCUUCCCUGAAAUUCUUCCACAGGCUCGGUCUUUGAUGACUGAUGUUUUUGGAAAUUAUGUUAUACAAAAGUUUUUUGAGCAUGGCACAGAAAUUCAGAGAAAGCAAUUGGCUAGCCAACUCACUGGUCAUGUGUUACCUCUAAGUCUUCAAAUGUAUGGUUGCAGAGUUAUUCAGAAGGCUUUAGAGGUAGUUGAUGUAGAGCAACAAACCAAAAUGGUUCUUGAGCUUGAAGGUUCAAUUAUGAAGUGCGUUCGUGAUCAGAAUGGCAAUCACGUAAUCCAGAAGUGCAUCGAGUGUGUCCCUCAAGAAAGGAUUCAAUUUAUCAUUAAGACCUUCUACGGGCAAGUCGUGGCACUCUCCACCCACCCAUAUGGUUGUCGUGUAAUUCAGAGGGUCUUGGAGCACUGUGAUGAUCCUGAAACACAAAGUACCAUGAUGGAUGAGAUACUUAAAUCUGUCUGCAUGUUGGCACAAGAUCAAUAUGGGAACUAUGUUGUUCAGCAUGUGCUGCAACACGGCAAGCCAGAAGAACGGUCUGCUAUUAUUUGCAAACUCAUUGGGCAGAUAGUGAAAAUGAGUCAGCAGAAGUUCGCUUCUAAUGUAGUUGAGAAGUGCUUGACUUUUGGUAGUCCUGAAGAACGUCAGCUGCUAAUAAAUGAGAUGCUUGGUACUACUGAUGAGAAUGAACCCUUACAGGCUAUGAUGAAAGACCAGUUUGGGAAUUACGUCGUUCAGAAGGUUCUCGAGACGUGUGAUGAUCGCAACAGAGAGCUAAUCCUUUCACGCAUUAAAGUUCACUUAAAUGCCUUAAAGAAGUAUACUUACGGAAAACACAUUGUCACUCGUGUUGAAAAGCUGGUUGCCGCAGGAGAGAGGCACAUUGGAAUCACCUCGCAUUCUUCCUGAAGAUGUGUUCGAGCAAUUGAUGAAAUUUUUGUACAGAUAAUGAGCCUAGUCUUACUUAUCAACCAAGUCUUUUCCCUUGGGAGAACAAAAAGGCAAGUUAUAACGGAGUAUAUCAACUUAUAUGUAAAUAAGUGAUAGGCUGCCUUUUGGAAUAAAAAUUUUGCUCGCCUUUUCGGAUGUAUAUUUUGAACUGGUAAUUUGAGUUUGUAAUAGCAUCAGCAACAACACUGCCAUGGAAGCCAUGUAUCUAUUUAGGUUUAGUCACUGGCAGUCUAGAAAAGCCUGACGUUGCAUUAGCACUUAACAUAAACUGUGUAAAGAUAAAACAGUGUAAUUUCCACAUACUGUAAAGGAAGGGUGCUCAGCAAUGGCACACAAA